AUCUACGUCUGCUCCAUAGCAGCCGUAAGAAAUCACUUAGCGUUUUCAACUUCUAAAUAAAAAUGGCGACUAUAUUAUUUAUGCAGCGUUCUUUGCGCAAACAGCGUGUUUUCCGAGAUAGAAGCCAGCCAUUGGAUUCUUUCGACGACUCGGAGCUCAUUUCUAGGUACCGUUUCCCUCGAAGGAUAAUUUUCGAUUUGAUCGAUGGGGUAGAUGAGCAACUUCGGCCAUAUACAGAAAGAUCACAUGCCAUCCCCACUCAGCUGCAGGUCCUAUGUACGUUGCGUUACAUUGCAAAAGCUGAUUUCUUUUCGGAAGUUGGAGAUGUUCACGGAGUUUCCAAAUCGUCCGUUUCAGUAUGUUUACCAAGGGUGUGCCAAGCCCUUUGUGAGCACUUGCAGAACAUUAAAUUCCCAUCUUCAGUGCACUCUUUAUGGAAAAUAAAAGACGAAUUCCACAGCAUCGCCCGUUUCCCCAACGUGGUAGGGGCCAUUGACGGGACCCUUAUCCCCAUCAAAGGGAUGAGUACCGAGGAUGAACACAUAUAUGUAUCGAGAAAAAACUUUCAUGCCCUUAAUAUCCAAGGGGUUGUGGACGCAGAGAUGAGAUUUCUCAACAUCAAUUGCCGAUUCCCAGGCAGUGCGCAUGAUGCAUACAUCAUGUCAAACUCCACCAUUCCGGACAUCAUGGCUAAUUUGCCAGAGGGUGGUUGGCUGCUGGGUGACUCUGGUUAUCCGUUGAAAGAUUUUCUUAUGACACCCUUCAAUAACCCUUCCACUCCAACGGAGGAAAGAUAUAAUCGUGCUCACUGCCAGACCAGAAAUGUUGUAGAAAGGGCAUUUGGCGUGCUCAAAUCCAGAUUCAGGCAUGUGAUAUGA